AUGGAAGACCCAGCGACACCAGACGAAAACGGGGGUGGCAUGACCCUCGAACAGGCAGUUCAGGCUUUCCGCGCCCUGCAAGAGGAAGUCCAGAAGGAACGACAAGAGAGAGAGAAGCAGGAGAAGGAGAAAAAGGAGGAAUCGCCAGAGGAAGGCGUGCAAGAAACAGCGCAACCUUUAGCACAGGAACUAUGGGAUACAGCGGUACCGCCGAAUUUGAAAAUGCCGCACCUUCCGUCGUUCGACGGAAAGAGUGAUCCUUUGGAGCAUCUAAUGGCGGUGAACACCCAAACCGCCAUCAUCGGAGCCGACGAGCACUUAAAGUGCAAACUGUUAUCAGGCACGUUCAAGGACGCCGCCUUAAGAUGGUACAUGAACCUACCCAAGAACUCCAUAACAGGUUACGUCGACUUUCACAAAAAACUGUUGCACCAAUUUGCGGGAAGUAAAUAUAUCCAGGUAACUGCAACGACCCUGUUUGGACUCCGGCAAGGGCAUAAAGAAAGCCUGCGAGAAUACCUCGCCAGGUUCAGUGAGGCCACUAUCAAGGUAUCGAAUCCCAAUCAGGAGAUGUUCGUCGCAGCAUUCCACAACGGCUUGAAAGCAGGGCAAUUCAACGAAUCCCUGGCACAGAAGCCAGCAAUAACAAUGCAGGAGGUAAUGAAGCGAGCAGAAUGUUAUAUCAAAGGCGAGGAGAGCAAUGCUGAAAAGAGAAGCAGGGACUCCAGAGAGAAUCCAUCUGACAAGCGAUCCCCAGAUCGCCAUCAGCGAAGAAGUAGCCGCCGCAGCAGCGGACAGUCGAGCCGAUACAGUGGACGCCCUUACCGGGAGCCUUGGAGUUCGUCAAGGGGAUAUCGAACGGAAGAGGAGUAUUCGCGCCUUAACGAUACCAGAGUACACAUACUCGACGAAAUCCUGAACGCAGGACUAGCAAGGUUGCCCCCAGCGCCAGAUCGCCAGGCGAGGAUGGGGCCAAACCCAGAAGAAUGGUGUCACUAUCACAGGUGCAAAGGCCAUGACACCGAAAAGUGUUACAGAUUGAAAGACCUAAUCGAGCAAUUGCUGAACAGUGGGCACCUGCGCAAAUUCCUCCAGAAAGCAGCGGCAGCCGAGCGAGGUGGGCGAUCUCCCCCAGCAUCGCCAAGAAAAACAACAGAGAAAGAAGAUAGCGACAAGGACCAAAAAAGGAUAGCAGUGAAUACGAUAGCAGGAGGGUUCGCAGGAGGAGGCGAAUCAAGAGCAGCAAGGAAGAGAUACCUGAGGCAGAUAAUUUAUGAGACAAGUUUGGUAGGACAAGUGUCGUUUCCAACAACCCCAGAGUUGUCAUUCUCGGCAAAUGAUGGGAAUGGAAUUUUUCCCCACGACGACGACCCAUUGGUAAUUCAGGUUCAAAUCUUAAAUUGCGACGUCAAGCGCGUGUUGAUAGACUCGGGGAGUUCGGCGGACAUAAUGUAUUGGGAGGCUUUUAAGGCCAUGCAACUGGCAGGAGAGCUGUUAAAACCCCACAACGGCACGCUGAUAGGAUUCUCCGGCGAACAAGUGGAAGUUAUGGGGCACAUCACGUUGUUAACCACAUUCGGCGAAAAGGAAAACGCCAAAACUAUUAAGGUGAGAUACUUGGUAGUAAAAACUCCUUUCACAUCUUAUAAUAUUAUCAUAGGACGCCCCGCAUUUAACACCCUAGGAGCAGCAAUGUCUACCUUAUAUUUGUCAAUGAAAUACCCGUUAGAUAACGGACGUGUAGGCAUGGUAAGGGGCGACCAAGCAUUAGGUCGCCAGUGCUAUGAAUCGAGCUUGAGAGUUAAGCACAUACGAAAGUCAACUGAUCAGGUGAAUACAUUCGAGGCAAGUAACUUUAGAAUAGAGAGCGCAGAUAUAGAAGAAGUUACGGACUUAGAUCCAAGAGAAGAAUUUAAGGAUCAGAGGGUGAGCCCAAUUGAGAACCUAGAGCCGGUCCAGAUCGGAAGCGCGGAACACCAGGUAACAUACAUAGGAACCCAGCUGAAUAAUGAAGAAAAAGAGAGGAUAGUGGCCACAUUAAGAAGUAAUGUGGAUCUAUUUGCAUGGAAACCAUCAGAUAUGCCGGGAAUAGAUGAGAGCAUCAUAACACACAAAUUGGCAAUUUCGCCAAAGGUCAAGCCAGUAUCCCAGAGGAAAAGGAAAGUUGGAGAGGAACGGAGAACCGCAAUAGACGAAGAGGUCAGUAAACUUAAGGAGGCCGGAUUCAUAGAAGAGAUCAAAUACCCAGAAUGGCUAGCUAACGUAGUGUUAGUAAAGAAGGCCAAUGGAAAGUGGAGGAUGUGUGUAGAUUUCACAGACUUGAACAAAGCAUGUCCUAAAGAUCCUUACCCAUUGCCGAAUAUAGAUCGUUUAAUCGACGGUACUUCGGGGUAUAAGAUGCUAAGCUUCAUGGAUGCAUACUCUGGUUACAACCAAAUCAGGAUGAAUGCUCUGGACGCCCCGCACACGGCGUUCAUGUCAAACACCUGCAACUACAACUAUAGAGUCAUGCCCUUUGGCUUGAAAAACGCAGGGGCUACGUAUCAGCGUCUCAUGGACAGGAUUUUCGCUCGGCAGAUUGGGAAAAACUUAGAAGUGUAUAUUGAUGACAUGGUAAUCAAGACUGUUGAAGGAGGAAGCCACCAGGACGAUUUAAAAGAUAUCUUGGCAUCCGUAAGAAAAUUCAACAUGAGGCUAAACCCAGCAAAGUGCUCAUUCGGCGUACAGGCAGGAAAAUUUUUGGGCUUUAUGCUUACAAAUCGAGGAAUUGAGGCCAAUCCAGAAAAAUGUCAAGCUAUCAUCAACAUGAGGAGUCCCAGUUCAGUAAAGGAGGUGCAGCAGCUAACAGGGCGAAUCGCAGCGCUGUCAAGAUUUUUAUCAUGCGCAGGAGAAAAAGCUUUUCACUUCUUCGCCGCCCUAAAAAAGGGAGAAAGAUUCUGCUGGACAGAAAAUUGCGAAGAGGCUUUCCAACAAUUGAAGCAAUUCCUGGCAUCACCUCUUAUCCUAACUCGCCCCCAAGCAGAUAAGCCGUUGCAGCUUUACCUCGCCGUUUCCGACAACGCCAUGAGUUCAGCGCUGGUUCAGGAAAUAGGCGGAGAGGAGAAACCGGUAUACUUCGUCAGCAGAGUGUUUCAAGGAGCGGAGAUGAGAUAUCAGAAGUUAGAAAGGCUGGCCCUUGCAGUAGUAAUAACAGCCAGGCGAUUGAGGCAGUAUUUCCAAAGUCACGCCAUAACGGUCAAGACCGAUUACCCAAUCAAAUGUGUCUUACAAAAGCCGGACUUGGCUGGAAGGAUGGUAGCAUGGGCAAUAGAACUAUCAGAGUACGACAUAACGUUCGUACCAAGAGGGAGCAUCAAAUCACAAAUCCUAGCAGAUUUCGUCUUGGAGUCAACGUCGCCACCAGCAGAAGUCGAGUCACACACAUGGACGCUGUCGGUAGAUGGAUCAUCCAACUUGAAGGGAAGCGGAGCGGGAAUAGUGCUUGAAGGACCAGAUGGAGUGCUAGUAGAGCAAUCUCUGCGCUUCGCCUUCAGGACGAGCAACAACCAAGCGGAGUACGAGGCCUUGAUCGCCGGAAUGAAGCUAGCAAAGGAGAUGGAGGUGCGAAGGCUCAAAGCGAAAAGCGACUCGCAGCUAGUCACUAGCCAAGUGUCAGGAGAAUUCCAGGCAAAGGACCCCCAACUUAUCAAGUAUCUGCACCAGGUAAAAAGUUUGUCUGAGCACUUUGACACUUUUGAAUUAUUAUACGUGCCCAGGGAACAAAACGCAAGGGCGGACCUACUGUCCAAACUGGCAAGCACUAAAAAGCCAGGAAAUAAUAAGACAGUGAUCCAAGAAACAAUCUCCAAACCCAGCUUCGGCGACUCAGAUGAAAACGGAGAGGUUUUGGCGACACAAGUAGGAGAUGAUUGGAGAAUGCCGAUAAUGCAAUACUUGCAGAAGGGGGAGUUACCAGAAGAUAAGGAGGCAGCAGUAAGAUUGCGGAGAAAGGCAGCACAUUAUACGCUGAUAAGCGGGAGGUUGUACAAGAGAGGGUUUUCAUCCCCAAUGUUGUUGUGCGUAAAUGAGGAGGAAGCAAAGGGGAUACUUAAGGAGAUCCAUGAAGGGUCAUGUGGGAGCCACAUAGGAGGAAGAUCACUAGCAGGAAAGGUCGCCAGGGCAGGAUUUUUCUGGCCAACACUCUUGAAAGAUGCGAGCGACUACGUCAAAAGCUGUGACACAUGUCAAAGACACGCGGACCUACACCACGCCCCAGGAGAACCGUUGACAUCGGUAACGUCGCCAUGGCCUUUCUACAUGUGGGGAGUGGAUAUACUGGGACCAUUCCCCGCAUCAGAGGGACAGGCAAAAUUUUUGUUGGUGGCAGUGGAUUACUUUACCAAAUGGAUAGAGGCAGAGCCGGUACCCACCAUCGGGUCGGAAAGGGUCAAGAAGUUCUAUUGGAAAAACAUCAUCUGUAGGUUCGGUCUGCCGAAGUAUAUAGUCUCGGACAACGGAACCCAGUUUACAAGCGAAGCAGUGAUCACCUUCUGUCAAGAGAAGGGAAUUCGCAAUACAUUCAUCUCAGUGGAACACCCUCAAGCGAACGGACAGGCGGAGUCAGCCAACAAGGUCAUACUAAAAGCAAUCAAGAGAAGAUUGGAAGGAAAGAAAACAGGAUGGGUGGAGCAUUUACUCCCGGUCCUGUGGUCAUACCAUACAACGGUGCAAUCUACAACAGGUGAGACUCCCUUUAGAAUGGUCUAUGGCACGGAUGCAAUGAUACCUGCAGAAAUCAACCCACCAAGUUGGAGGCGGUCAACAUUGACGGCCACAGUAAACGAAGAAGCGCUUAAGGAAAAUUUGGAUUUGCUAGAGGAGACCAGAGAAGCGGCUCAUAUCAGGGAAUUUUCAGUAAAACAACAGGCGAGACGCAAAUACGAAACACGCGUAAUGGCGAGAGACUUCAAGGCAGGCGAUUUGGUGCUAAAACGACCAAUGGGGCGAGACAAAGGCGGCAAAUUAGCCCCAAAUUGGGAAGGACCGUACAGAAUCCAGGAAGCUUUUGGAAGAGGAGCAUACAGGUUGGAAACACUGAAGGGGGAGGCAUUACCACGAACAUGGAAUGUGGUCAAUCUCAGAGCUUACUACAGCUAA